AUGAAGCUCGCACUUUUAGUUACAAUAUGGAUCACGAUCUACGGUUGCAACGCCUAUCCAGGUAUGGGACAAGGGAGACUGAAGGAUAUUCUGAACGUUCGAGGAGAUGACAACACCAAUCAAGUCGAGAUGAUUGGGGAUCUCACGUCGCUCGCAGACCACGAGCUAUCAGAUGUCGGGCGCUCCGUGAAGAAUAUAUUGCAGGGCAAGGACUCGCCCGAAGACAUCACGUCCACCUACACAAACGUCCCUGCCAAGGACAGCCAACAGUGUGCCAGCGACCCCUGCUGCAUCUGGGAGUACAUUAAGCGCGACAUGUACGCCAAGUUCCAUGGAGACUCGGGCCGUUGCACGAAGCAUGCGCGGGCGGCUGUCCGUCUAGGAUUCCACGACGCCGCAAGCUGGGAAAAGGGAGACACAUUUGGCGGUGCGGAUGGCAGCAUCGUCUUAGCCAACGAACUAACCCGGGCCGAAAACGACGGGCUGCAGGAUAUCGGUAUUAUUGUUCAGGGCUGGUACGACACGUACCACUCCAGGUACGGCGUUGGCAUGGCGGACCUAAUCCAGAUGGGAGCCACCAUUGCCACCGUCACUUGCCCUCUUGGGCCGCGCAUUCGCUCGUAUAUCGGGCGCAAAGAUAGCAGCCAAGCCACCAACAAGGGACGUAUGCCAGAUGUCCAUGCAUCUGCAGUCAAUCUUGUCGCACUGUUCCAAAACAAGACCAUCACACCAGAAGCCCUUGUUGCUCUCGUGGGUGCCCAUACAACUUCCCAGCAGCACUUUGUCGACGAGACCCGUGACGGUGCGCCACAAGACAGUUCCCCGGGAGUCUGGGACAUCCUCUUCUACGGAGAGACAAAGAGUGCCACAGUGCCAUCUCGGGUCUUUAGGUUCCCUAGUGACAUUGCGUUGUCGAAGCAUCAAUCCACGGCUGCUACUUGGAACACAUUCUCGACGGCGGCGGGGCAAGCAGCCUGGAACAACGUACGUACUUCGUUGUUGUAA